AUGAAUCGAAGAAGAAGAACCGCACGCCAGAGCUCAAAUGUAUUUAUGGCAUUUACACAGCCGCAGAUACUGGAGCUAAAGGAGAUAUUUAACCUGCUAGAUAGCACAGCAGAUGGAUUUAUUUCACAAGAAGACCUGGUUUCUUUUUUGGACAGCAUAGGUUCCCCACUAACAAAAGAAGAAAUUAGUGAAAUGAUGUAUGACAUGGGGGAAAGGUUCAACUUUACUCAGUUCCUGACCACACUCUGUGAGCGGCUAGCUAAUUUGGAUGCGCAGAAUGUAGUGGAGCAGGCUCUAGGCCUUUUUGAUCCUGCUGGAACCGGGUCCGUCUCACUAGCAGAUCUUAAAGAGUCUUUGAUGCAGGGAGAGACUCCGAUUACCCAGCUUGAAUGGAGUAUUUUGGAGAAAGAGCUUAAACCCAAUGAAGGAAAGAUUUCAAUUCCAGAGACCGCAAGAAUUAUAAAAAACUGUGGCCUUCUGCUUGAUAAUUAAAAGCUGUAAGUGGGUGCUCCUUAGAUCCUUUAUUCUUUAAUAAAGAUUGUUCUAAUGCAU